CCUUUUUCUUUCUAACACGAAUCGAAUCAAAAAGCUAGGGUUUCUAUUUCACUUUCACCUUCAAAUUACACACAGUUUUUCCGUUCAAUUCAAUCACACAACAAUGGCGCGUAAUGAAGAGAAAGCUCAAUCGAUGCUCAACAGGUUCAUAACAAUGAAAGCGGAAGAAAAAAAGAAACCUAAAGAACGCCGUCCGUUUUUAGCUUCUGAAUGCCGCGACCUCGCCGACGCCGACAAGUGGCGUCAGCAAAUCAUGCGUGAAAUCGGUCGGAAAGUCGCUGAAAUUCAAAACGAAGGAUUAGGUGAACACAGGCUACGUGAUCUUAAUGACGAGAUUAAUAAAUUGAUUAGAGAGAAGGUGCAUUGGGAACGUAGGAUAGUUGAGUUAGGCGGACCGAACUAUUCGAGGUAUUCUGCGAAAAUGACUGAUUUAGAAGGGAAUAUAGUCGAUGUACCGAAUCCGAGUGGUCGUGGACCGGGUUAUAGGUAUUUCGGUGCUGCGAAAAAGUUACCUGGUGUGAAGGAGUUGUUUGAGAAGCCGCCUGAGUUGAGGAAAAGGCGGAGCAGGUACGAUAUAUAUAAGAGGAUUGACGCGAGUUAUUACGGGUACAGAGAUGAUGAGGAUGGAGUGUUGGAGAAAGUUGAAGGGCCUGCGGAGAAACGAAUGAGAGCGGAGGCGGUUGCUGAGUGGAACAGGAUGGAGCAGAUCAAGAAGGAGGCGAAACAGACUGUUAAGAGUGGAGAAGUUGCGGAUGUUGGUGGGACGGCCAGAGAGAUUUUGUUUGAGGAAGAAGAAGAUGUUGUUGAGGAAGAGAGGAGGGAGAAGGAAUUGGAGGAGAAGGAGAGGGAGGAGUUUGUUGUACAUGUGCCGUUGCCGGAUGAGAAGGAGAUUGAGAAGAUGGUUUUGAAGAAGAAGAAGAAUGAGUUGUUGAGUAAGUAUGUUAGUGCGGAUUUGAUUAAGGAGCAGACUGAGGCCAAGGAUAUGCUUAAUAUUCAUCGUUAGAUUCGUAACAUAAGAAGCUCUGGUGAAAGCUAUUCAAUUGGAUGGGGUACAUCAGCAACAAUAGCAGACGCUUCUACAUGGUUCAAAGGGAAAGAGAGACCUUACAUGUCUUUCUCAUAGUUGUCACAGGAGUCUUAGUGUUUCUGACACAUGGAAUUUGCAACCUUUUGCCCAAAUCAUCACAUCUUUUAACUCAGGUUUAGCUACUUUUAGUGGCAAGCAAUGCUAUUGAGUGUAAUACUUUCACAAGCGUAUUUUUGUCUCAACUUUUUAAAUUUGAAUAUUUGAAUGAUCUAUUGCAAACCAGACGCAUUGUAUGUAGAAGGUUUUGACCAUGAGUAAGUAACUUUCUUGGUUAGGCUUCGAUUUUCAAGAAACUGAAA